AAAGAUGUGGAGAUAUCGCGAUAACUCACGAGAUGCAACGUCAGUCUCACCCGGAAGUGUCUUAGCGUUGUUGUGUGUAGAGUGGUUUUACCCAUAUCCAAACCUCAACAAAUUUUCUGUGUGAUGUAUGGCUGCGCAUCAUAUGCGAAGAUUUGCUCAGGUAUUGAAAAAAGCACUGCCCAAGACACAAGCCUGGAGGAAGCCAACGAGCACUUUAUUAGUGCUACCAGCUCAGGUUGUGUUGAUGAGUGAACUGACAAAUUUGGAACCUUUAGCAAAGAGACUGAGGGUUGACACAAAUGCUCCAGUGUCCCAUUCAUCAUCAAUUAAAGAUACAGCAAAUCAAGAAAAAGGACUAACUACCGCUGAAACAAGGAUGGAGACACAGCCAAACUCUGGAGAUGGUGGUUUACGAGGUGUAAAGACAAAAUCUUCCCACCAACGAUUUGGCACCAGACAGCUGCACAAGUUAAGAAGUACUCUUGACCAGUGGUUGAUUAAACCCAGAAAGAACCAGAAAACAGUGUGCCAAACCCAAGAUAAAGUAGAAGUGACAGAAAAUGAUGGCUCUCAAAACUCUGACUGUGACAUGAAUGAAGAAUCCCAACCUCUGACACCACAAAACCUGGAGGAAGACAGUGCUAUGUUACACGCUUCCAAGGAUUCUCCUUAUAGUGACACAGAGACAGCAUCUCACAAGGACGAUGGACUGGAACUCCAAGAAAUGGAAACAAUUUCAGCAAGCUCAGAGAACUCUGACAAACACACUAAGAAAAUAACAGAUUUCUUUCAAGGGGCCUCGUCAUCAUCAUCAGGGUUAACUGUGAAAAGGGCCAGCCUUCCCAAGUCUUCAAAGAAACAGGAUGCAGACAAGGAAACGUCAUCUGCCGAUGACAAGCCUGAGGUCAAAUGGCUGGGGACACCAAUCAGUGAGCUAAAGAGAAUGCCUGCAUGUGGUGGUAUGCUUCCUCCUUUGAGACAUGUUCCUGGCCAGCACACUGUGAUGAUAAGGACAGACCUUCUCCAGAGUGGUGAACUUCCUGUUCCACAUCCAGUGAGGUUUCAGGAUACCUGGGAUGAUGUCUAUGUCAAAAUGCCCUGUUCUACUAGUAAUCUUUUUCCUGUAGAAGACAAGGAAACUCAAGAAAGGCAGAACAAGAGUCGGUGGGAACUGAUCAAGGAAAAGUUAAACAGGAAAUUUACAACUUCAGUUGAGCUGAAGGAUGCAAUUUUGAAAUACAGUGCCUCACAAGCCAAGAAGUGGGACUUCACAGCACUACACUUGUACUGCACUGAGGUCCUGAAGCCUGAUGCUGCUCAACAUCUGUUUGACUCCCUGCUGCCAGACAUGGUGCAAUUAGCGCUGAGAGCAUCUGAGCUGUGUACCAAGCCGAUACCCCUCCUCAAGAGAGGCGUGAACCACUCCAUCACCAUGUCCCAGGAGCAGGUGGCGUGUCUGCUCGCCAACGCCUUCUUCUGCACGUUCCCCCGACGGAACUCCAGGAAGACUGAGUACUGUAACUACCCAGACAUCAACUUCGUCAGGCUGUUUGAGGGCUCCUCUUCAAAGAAGACUGAGAAGCUGAAGACCCUCAUGUGCUAUUUUGAACACGUCACUUCUGAGAAGCCCACUGGACUUGUAACUUUCACUCGAAAAAGCUUGGACAAACCAGUUCCUUGGAAAAGCUCACAGACUGAGCUAACAAAGCUUCACAUCACUUGUGAAGGUACCAUUGAGGAUGACGGUUAUGGGAUGCUUCAGGUGGAUUUUGCCAAUCAGUUUGUGGGAGGAGGAGUCACCAGCGCUGGACUAGUCCAAGAGGAAAUCCGCUUUCUGAUCAACCCCGAGCUUAUUAUUUCUCGCCUCUUCACCGAAGCCCUGGGUCAUAAUGAGUGCCUGAUCAUUACAGGUACGCAGCAGUACAGUAAGUACACCGGCUACUCCCAGACCUACAAGUGGGCAGGCAGCCACCAGGACACAACGCCAAGAGAUGACUGGCAAAGAAGAUGCACCGAGAUUGUGGCCAUUGAUGCGCUGCAGUUUAAGAACCACCUGGAGCAGUUUCGUCCAGACAAAAUCAACCGAGAGCUUAACAAGGCAUACUGUGGCUUCGCACGGCCCGAGGAGCGAAGCCAGAACCUCGCGGCGGUGGCCACGGGGAACUGGGGCUGUGGGGUUUUUGGAGGUGAUGCACGCCUAAAAGCCCUGCUCCAGAUGCUGGCAGCUGCUGAGGCGGGACGAGAUAUGGCCUAUUUCACCUUUGGUGACAGCAAGCUCAUGACAGAUGUCCACAACAUGCAUGCCUUCCUCACUCAGAGGAAAAUCAGUGUCGGCGAGGUGUACGAUCUCCUGGGGCAGUACUACAGCUCAGUGUGCAGGAGCUGCCUCAGCCGGCGCCCUGACGUCAGCCUCUAUUCCUUCAUCCACCAACAGGAACUGCUCCAUCCUCCAUCUGUUCGGCCCGCGCUCCCUGCUCUCAACGGGUCGCUGUGAUCGUCGGCGUCAGGAAGCCGGAUCUGCCUCCUCGGGUCCAGACAGCUGUGGACUGGAGGAUGCUGCCUCUGUUCGUCUCCCCUCCACCGCGGGGACCGUGCCUCGGGGACUCGCGGCCACCUGGGAAUGAGCUGAGCACCCAGUGAAGCACACCUUUUCUAGCGUCUCUUCUCCUCCACCGGCCUCUUUUCUAACACCGACAGCCGUUUCUCGCCGUAUUUUGGGUCUCACGUGACCAAACCGCAUGCAGAGUCACGCCUUUUAAUGUGCCCUCAUGACCGUGCAGCUAUAUGCGGCCUGGUGCCGGUCCUCACCCUCCAAGCGUUGGGAGCUCCCCUUCAAAAGCCCAUGUAUCCGCUGCAGCUAAUGAGCCGCCUCCACCCAACUCCUCUCCCUCCUGUCGUUUUGGAUCCGUUCAUAUCUGGCGCUUGUGCAACCGGCUCUGAGCCGCUCGCGCUGCAGUGGGACGAGCGGUUGUUACUCCGAUGUGAGGGGAGCGUUUCAGCCGUUGUCUCUUCGCUGUGCUCGUGUGGAUGAUGGACUCGGGCACAACCGCUCACCUCCCAGUCUUUAACGCGCUGCUUUUCUGUUGUGGUCUCUGUUUAUCUUUCCAAAUGAGCAGGGACUGAUUGAGAUCAGUGUUCUUAAGGCGAUCACGCUAAUGGCCGACUGCUGAGCUUUUCUCCUCUGACUUCCGACACCCUGACUUUUUUUUUUUUUGCUCACCUCCCCAUUCAACCACCAGCUUCACCGAGGCCUAAAUUAGCCCCGGCCGCUCGAUGAGAGUCCAACCGCUACAGGACACGUUGCAGAGCCGGGGCAUAAAUCAUUUCCCAGCAGCAGGAGCCGUGGCAGCACUAGAUGCACAUCCACCACCCGAGAUUUACGCCGCACAAUCCGGAUCCCCUGCACCAGGUCAUCUUCAAAUUGGUUAUUGAUCUUCAAAUCACAAAAUGAAUCAUACGUUGCCAGCGGCGUUCGGGCCCUGCGUUCGCGCUAGCGUCGCUCGUGUUACUGCUGACAUGCAGCCCGGGGAUGGAUUACUGUUUAGAGACCAUGAGAAAACAAGUAACGGCACCAACCGGGGAGUAAAUAGGAAAUGAAAAUGGAAGCGCUGUGCCUGGAGAUGAAUAGGUGUCACGUUGUCAUCCAGCGCAGCCUCAUUAUAACAUAUCAAAACAGCUGAAGGAACCGUUGACAGUCGCUAAAGUGAAGAGCUUGAAGUUAGUUACUGUAGUUUGUGAUUACAACAGCAGCCUGGGAUAAUUGCUUUGCAUCUGGUUGCAGUGUAUUUCAGAAAAUAUGAAGGGUUUAUUGCUGUUUAGUUAAAUCAUUUGCUCUAUAAUAGACAUUCUCUUAAUUCUUUAAUUAAAGGGUCCAAAUUUUAA